AUGGAAAUUCUGACUGAGACGAUGAGAAACGCUCGCCUGGGUGGUCCAUCUGAAGACCCAGAGCACUUGCUCUUCAACCCUCAAGAAGGUAGUGGAUUAGCGCCAACGGCCUUGGAUGAGAUUCCCCGUUACCUGUUUCGGGUCGCCUCUCCCCAUUCCGACGGAAUGACAAAUGGGACGUGGGUGCGUUCGAAGUCGGCCUAUCAGAACCCGAAUUUCUCUACAGAAGAUGUCUUCUUUGGCCUGAAUGCCGACAAACGGACAACCAUAGCUCGAACACUCAACUUACAUCUUCGAUGGUGGCCACAGGGCGACGUAAUAGACAAUUUCGUUUCAUGGACCAGCUCGUUGCUCUUCGCAAUACAGUACAUCUACUACCGACAUCUGAGCCCCGACGAUAGUUCGUGUUUAGAGGAUAUCAAGUUAUAUGCGAUAGAUACGAUACGGUUUCCUAAAGGGACAUUUCUUCGUGAUUUGGAUCUAAUUGACGCAUUCUGCGAAUACGAUGAUCACCCACGAGGAUAUGACCUAGAGAAUUUCCGCUCCCUUCGCACCAAUACCAAACAUUAUUUUGGAGAAUACCUUUCACAAGGAUCAUUGAAGAUUCAGGGCAAACGCGAGAUUAUACCCGCGGCGUCUCUUUUUGAAGGUGAUCGAUUGCGCCGUCUACAGCCUCGUUUUCGUGUAUUCAAUGGUUUUCCAUCUAGAAAUGGGAGACCGAUAUUGGCAAUUGAAGUCAUUCGCCUUCGCGAUGCUAUUUGGCAGGCUACCGAUGCACAAGUUUUAUCGCCAGAAGAGAUGGAAGGCCGUUUGAAAGCCGUCAAAGAGAUUGUACAAGAUCUCGAACCAAGCUGGAGAUUUCCUCUUGCUAUUUACUUCACCUCCCUCAUUGGCUCUGAAUCCCCAAUUCAACAGGGAGGCGCGGCAGCUCACAAUGUCUUCUCAACCCAUUUCAAAUCUAUCUUUCCUAGCGGACAACAAUCGUUGAGUCCUCUCAGCUUUAAGACCGUCGUACCAGAGACAAUGCCUGAAAUGAAGCAAGUCAAAAGACUUGUUCGUGAAAUACACAAGGUUCACGCAUUGGCACAUGCACUAGAUUGUGUCGGAAGAGCAGGAGCAAGUCUUCGCACCUUACAUGAUAGUAAUGUGUUCUCGGACGAUGGACAUGCUCUUGUUGUGGCCGAUCCAAAUGAGUUGUUGGAUCGUGCAGGCCAAACCCUUCUAGCAAAGCUUCGCUCCGUGCAAGAUCUGUGUGAAGCGGUUAUAUCCACCAUUUCAUCCAAUGGGGUAUAG